AACAUCCACACACUAGAGGCUCCGCUACAGCUCCAGGAUCCAUCCCACAGACGCGUCCGGAAUCCUCACAGCUGGCGUCUCCUGGGGAUCCGCUCCACCAGAAGUGCCUUGGCUGUUGACUCAAAACCCAUAGUCCUGUCCUUCCAGAGUCUUGGGCCGGGUUCCUCAUCUCUUCCCGUGUACCCCAGAGGCUGCUUGGGAGUGGUCACAGCAGGCAGCAGGCAGCCUGUGCCUCUGGAAUGACCACAGUGCGAGUGUGUGUGUAUGCAAGUGUGUGUGUGCGUGUGUCCAUGAGUGCCUGAAUGAAUGUGGUUACGAGUGUGUGUAUGCAUGUGCGUUAAUGACUAGGGUUAUGAAACUAUGUGAGUGUGCACCUGUGUGUGUGAUUAUGAGUGUGGCAGUGUGUGAGUUGCAUGGAUUGCUGAUGUGAAUGUGCACCUGCGUGUGUAUGAGUGUGGCAGUGUGUGAGUUGCACGGAUUGCCGAUGUGAGUGUGCACCUGUGUGUGAUUAUGAAUGUGGCAGUGAGUGUGUGAGUUGCAUGGAUUGUCUAUGUGAAUGUGCACGUGUGUGUGUCCAUGUGUGCCUGGGUGAAUAUGGUUAUGAGUGUGUGUAUGCAUGUGACUGUGAAUGAAGUUGUGUAUGUGAGAGUCGGUGUGCACCUGUGUGAGUGUGAAGUUAUGAUUGUUUAUGUGAGAGUGUGCACCUGUGUGAGUGUGAUUAUGACUGUGGCAGGGAGUGUGUGAGUUGCACCGAUUGUCGAUGUGAGUGUACACCUAUGUGAGUGUGAGCGUGUGCCCCUGCCAGGGCGUGCGCUGGUGGGUGCGGUGUGCAGAGUGGGGCCCGGGCCUCCUGCGCCCCAAGGGCAGCUGGGUGGGCUCUGUGCUCCCUCCAGGUGGACGUGGCCUCCGCUCCAGACCCGAUAAGGGGUCGGCUCGCCCCUGGAGACCCGCGGAUGUCGCGAGGGGGCGCCGCGCCACCGAAGGCCGGGACGGGGGCGGUGCGCGGGGCGGUGCCGGAGUCUGGGAUGCCGGCUCCAGAGACGCCGCGCUCCGCCCCGAGGAGGCCGCCAGCUGGGUAAGCGGAGUCAGCAGCUCGCGGAGUCUGGACCGCAGGAGCCCAGCGGGAGCCCCUCGGUCCGGUCCGGCCCGGCGCAUGGAGCCAUGGCCCUGUUCCGCGGGCGGCGGCGGCGGUGGGACCCGCGCCCGGCACGUCAUCAUCAACGUGGGCGGCUGCCGCGUGCGCCUGGCCUGGGCCGCGCUGGCCCGAUGCCCCCUCGCGCGCCUGGAGCGCCUGCGCGCCUGCCGCGGCCACGACGAGCUGCUGCGCGUGUGCGACGACUACGACGUAAGCCGCGACGAGUUCUUCUUCGACCGCAGCCCGUGCGCCUUCCGCGCCAUCGUGGCGCUGCUGCGCGCGGGGAAGCUGCGGCUGCUGCGGGGCCCGUGCGCGCUGGCGUUCCGCGACGAGCUGGCCUACUGGGGCAUCGACGAGGCGCGCCUGGAGCGCUGCUGCCUGCGCCGCCUGCGCCGCCGAGAGGAAGAAGCGGCCGAGGCGCGCGCGGGGCCGGCGGAGCUCGGGACGCAGGGGAGCCCGGCGCCCACCCUGGGGCCUCGGGGGCGGCUGCAGCGCGGCCGGCGGCGCCUGCGCGACGUGGUGGACAACCCGCACUCGGGGCUGGCGGGCAAGCUGUUCGCCUGCGUGUCCGUGUCGUUCGUGGCCGUCACGGCCGUGGGCCUCUGCCUGAGCACCAUGCCGGAUAUCCGCGCGGAGGAGGAGCGGGGCGAGUGCUCCCCCAAGUGCCGCAGCCUGUUCGUGCUGGAGACCGUGUGCGUGGCCUGGUUCUCCUUCGAGUUCCUGCUACGCUCCCUGCAGGCCGAGAGCAAGUGCGCCUUCCUGCGCGCGCCGCUCAACAUCAUCGACAUCCUGGCGCUGCUGCCGUUCUACGUGUCCCUGCUGCUGGGGCUGGCGGCAGGCCCGGGCGGGACCAAGCUCCUGGAGCGCGCGGGGCUGGUGCUGCGGCUGCUGCGCGCGCUGCGCGUGCUCUACGUGAUGCGCCUGGCGCGCCACUCGCUGGGGCUGCGCUCGCUGGGCCUGACCGUGCAACGCUGCGCGCGCGAGUUCGGGCUGCUGCUGCUGUUCCUGUGCGUGGCCAUGGCGCUCUUCGCGCCGCUGGUGCACCUGGCCGAGCGCGAGCUGGGUGCGCGCCGCGACUUCUCCAGCGUGCCCGCCAGCUACUGGUGGGCCGUCAUCUCCAUGACCACCGUGGGCUACGGCGACAUGGUUCCGCGCAGCCUGCCCGGGCAGGUGGUGGCGCUCAGCAGCAUCCUCAGCGGCAUCCUGCUCAUGGCCUUCCCGGUCACCUCCAUCUUCCACACCUUCUCGCGCUCCUACUCCGAGCUCAAGGAGCAGCAGCAGCGCGCGACCAGCCCCGAGCCGGCCCUGCGGGAGGACAGCACGCGCUCGGCCACGGCCACCGAGGACAGUUCGCAGGGCCCCGACGGCGCGGGCCAGGCCGCCGACUCCGCGGACGCGCUGUGGGUGCGGGCAGAGCGCUGACGCCUGCGCCGCCCGCACGGGGACCCCCCGCCCCCUCCAGCUGCAGCGUCGGGACCCCCGAGGCGCGCCGAGGGGCGGGGGUCGUCUGGCUCUGGGGAGCGGCUCCUGCCGGCCGCGUCCUCGGCCCUCCUGUGUGACCAGCCCCAGAACUCGGCGGGGCCCCGCCUGACUCCCCUGGCAGCGCUGGGCGAAGUCACUGGCCUGUGUCCUCCUGCCCUGCUUCUUUCUUUGGAUUUUUAAUUUUCUAUACCUAGAUAAAAAUAAAUUUAGUAAGUCCCAGAAGUUCC